CUUCAGGGGAAAAAGGCGCCGAGGGAUUUAUUCAAUGGGGAGCUGAUAGAGACUCUUUAUGAAUCCGUUUCUCUCCUUUCUCUUCUUUGUAUCUCGACGCUAUCGUACAGGAGUCUUUUCUGAUCCAAACGCUGACAAUCGCGGCGCCCUGAUUUAACCGCUCGGAGUCUCCACCCCCUCAUUCCUCCUCAUUCCGUCUCAAUUCGGUGAACGCAAGCAGCAAGGUUUUUCCUUGCUUUGCUCCUUUCGGUCCUUUCGGUGGCCAGAUUCCGGGGAAUAUCACUGCGGGAAAUUGCCAGACAAAAAUAGGAUCCUGCAUUAUCCAUUACUUGAGCGGAAAUUGGAGAAGGUUAAUUCGGAAAUCCGAAUUUUAAAUUUCUCUUUUUUUUUUUUUCGAUUUAUUAUUUGGUUCCCAGGAUCAGGCAACGCAACGUUUCCAUCAUGACGAGCCCCCGUCAACUUCAAAACCCCUCCUCCAUCUCUUCUUCUUCUUCCUCCUCCUCCUCCUCCUCCUCCUCCUCCACGGCCCGCGAUCGUCUUUCCUCCCUCUCCUCACACAUCAUGGGUUCCAACGGUAAUCCGUCCAUCUUCACCCCGGCCGCCGUCGCCGCGGCCCCCGAAGACCCUCUCUUUGGCUUGAUGAAAGCCUAUCGUGAAGACCCCUCCGACAAGAAGGUCGAUCUGGGCAUCGGUGCUUACCGUGACAACAAUGCGAAGCCGUGGAUCUUGCCCGUCGUGAAGAAGGCUGAUGACGCCAUCCACAAUGACCCCAGCGUGAACCACGAAUACCUCUCGAUCGGCGGGUUGGCCGACUUCACCUCGGCCGCACAGAAGCUCAUUGUCGGCGCUGAUAGCCCCGCGAUUCGCGACAAACGGAUCUGCACCCUCCAAACCAUCUCGGGAACCGGCGCCGUCCAUCUGGGCGGCCUCUUCCUCUCCAAGUUCCACCCCGCACAGCCCAAGCCCACCAUCUACCUCUCCAACCCAACCUGGGCCAAUCACCACCAAAUCUUCACAAAUGUCGGCCUCACCCUCGCCAACUACCCCUACUUCUCCACCAAGACCAAGGGCCUCGACUUUGACGGCAUGACGGCCGCGCUGCGGGCAGCGCCGGCCGGCUCCAUUAUCCUUCUCCACGCCUGCGCACACAACCCCACGGGUGUCGACCCCUCGCAGGAGCAAUGGAAGCAGAUCGCCGCAAUCAUGCGCGAGCGUCGCCAAUUCCCCUUCUUCGACACCGCCUACCAGGGCUUCGCAUCUGGGGAUCUCGUCCGCGACGCAUGGGCGAUCCGCUACUUUGUCGAGCAGGGCUUCGAGCUGUGCGUCGCACAGUCGUUCGCGAAGAACUUUGGUCUAUACGGUGAGCGCACGGGUGCGUUCCACUUUGUCUCGGCGCCCGGCGCGGACGCAUCCACUGCUAUUCAGCACAUUGCUAGUCAAUUAGCUAUCCUCCAGCGGUCGGAGAUUUCCAACCCCCCCGCGUACGGCGCGCGCAUUGCCAGCAAGAUCCUGAAUGACCCCGUACUCUUUGCAGAGUGGGAGGAGGAUCUGCGGACGAUGAGUGGCCGCAUUCAGGAGAUGCGCCGGGGUCUGCGGGAGCGAUUGGAGAAGCGUGGGACACCCGGUACCUGGGAUCAUAUCACGACUCAGAUCGGCAUGUUUAGCUUUACUGGGUUGAAUGAGAAUCAGGUUAAGAUUCUGCGGGAUAAGUGGCACGUCUAUAUGACUAAGAACGGCCGUAUAUCUAUGGCUGGCCUGAACACGCAUAACCUGGAUUACUUCGCCGAGGCCGUGGACAGCGUCGUCCGUGAGACCUCGUAGGCCACUCACUACUCUUGCUAAAGUGACUAACUAUCUGGUUCGGCUUUUUUUUUUUUUUUUCAUUCCCACCUUUUCGAUUCACCUUUUUUUUUUUUUCUCCAAUUACCACAUUUCCUGUGCCUCAUACUCGGUAUGGUUUCGGGAAGACGGCAUAUGAUGGACACAUUUUCAUUUUUCAUUUUCAUGGAUUUUGGGCAUUUCUUUAUUAUGCAUCACAAUCACAUGUAGAUCUACGG